AUGUCUGAUAAGGAGACGCGGGUUUCGUCGCCAAGCGGUGCGCCACCUUCGUACAACGCUGCGGCGGGUGGCUAUGAUGAGAAGCCGUCUCAAGUGCAACGUCAACCACAACGAGUCCUGAAUACCUUCAUCGAUGAUGGCGGACUGCCCGAGGUUGUCACACAAGACCACAUCGCCAAGGACACGGGAUACUAUGACGCCCCAAUCCCAGUAAACCCAGAUCCAACACCCAUGACCCAGCUGUACGAAACAACAGCAACAGUGACGCCGCUACAUCUCCUAGGAGACCAGUCAGACACUGUAGACUGCCCGUUCUGCAGACAUCGCGUGGAAACGCGCGUCAAGAAGAACCCCUCGAUGCGAACACACAUCACGGCAACCGCCCUAGGAAUCACAACCAUUGGCGGAGCCGUUGCGCCAUACGCCAUGGGCUGGAACAGCCAUAUAAGCCACUACUGCACAAACUGCAACCGCAAGGUGGCAUACCGACGCUACGGAACGCACGAGAUGAAGCCUCUUGGGACUCCUGAUCAUCUGAGAGAGGUUUCGAGGUAUCCAGCUAUAGCUUCACCAGCUCAGGCUUGGGGCCCGGGAACACCGCCUCCAGGCAGGUAA